AUGGCCCCCCCUCUCCCUUCCGUCCCCCUGGCCGGCACAGAGAGGCCGAGCUGGUGGCACUUGUUUAGUGCCAUUUUGAUAAUCCUGGUCCUGUCCCUUGCGUUUGGGAAGAUCGGCGACAUGGUGAAAGAUGCGCUUGCGCAUCGCAGGGGAGCGGGCAGCGGCGGCGGCAGCACCAACAAGACCACCACCGCCGCCACCAUCCCAACAGCAAGGACCAGCGCCGCGCCCAAGAUGGGUAAUGCGCACCAGUCCUCUCAAAAAAAUUAA